GCUCUGCUCUCCCCCCUCUGUUUCAGCCCACAAAUUCUUCUUCUUCUUCUUCUUUCCUGUCUCCGUAAUUGAUCCAACAUCUCUCUCUCUCUCUCUCUCUCUCUAUAUAUAUAUAUAUAUAUAUAUAUGCUGGUGUGUCCUUCUUAGGCAUAUCAGACAUGUCUGGUUCUUCUCCUAGGUUCUUUUCUUACAUAAAGCUUCGAUUCUUCGCACGUAUCCGAUGGUUCCUGGAACCGAAGGCCUCCAUGAAGCGACACACGGCGUCCGAUCGGUUCGAGAAGCCGAGAGUGGCGGAUUCCGAUCAGGAAGAAAGGCAGGAAGAGCAGGUGGCGAAGGAGAGAGAGGGUGCCCAUCAGGACGGCGGGUUGGUGGUUUUGCGGAGGGCUGUGAAGAAACUUCACUUCGGGAGCUGGGAGGAGAAGGCGGCAGCCGCCGACGAGAUACGGAGGUUGGCGGAAGAGGACCUGAAGCUGCGGAAGUGGCUGGCGGAGCUCGGCGUUGUGCCGCCGCUGGUGGCGAUGAUUGGCUCGGAGGUUGGUGGUGGUGGUCGCUGGAGGUUUGCGGUUCAGGCUUUGGUGGCGCUCGCUAAUGGAACUUACACGAACAAGGCCCUAAUAGUGGAGGCAGGGAUCUUGUUAAGGCUACCCAGCAACGUUGAAGAUUUGGAGGAAGCAGCGAGGCAAGAAUUGGCACAGCUGCUCCUCUCCCUCUCAUCUCUAGCGACCAGCCAAUUCCCUCUCUCCUCAUCCAAACUUCUCCCAUUUCUAUUUCACAUUCUCGACUCCGAUUCAAGCCUUGAAACAAAAAACUUGUGCCUAGCCACUUUGCACAAUCUCUCCACCAUGUUUGGCCAAGCCGGAAAUUUGGUCAGCCAUGGAAUUCUUCCCACCCUCUUGAGGCUAUCCUCGGUGCAGGAAGUGUCCGAGAAGGCGCUCGCAACGCUAGGAAACUUGGUGGUGUCUUUGCAGGGGAAGAAAGCCAUGGAAAACCAUCCAAUGGUGCCAGAAAGCUUGAUCGAGAUCCUGACGUGGGAGGAGAAGCCGAGAUGCCAGGAGCUUUCGGCAUAUAUUUUGAUGAUACUAGCCCAUCAAAGCUCCAGGCAGAGGGAGAAGAUGGUUGAGGCAGGAAUCGUACAAGUUCUACUAGAAGUGGCCUUGUUGGGUAGCUGUUUAGCUCAGAAAAGAGCAUUGAAGCUACUGCAGUGGUUUAAGGAUGGGCGGCGAGCGAAAAUGGGGCCUCAUUCGGGGCCACAGACGGGGAGGGUGGCGGUUGGGUCGCCGGUGAAUCAGUGGGAGGCGGAUGAGGGUAGGAAGAUAAUGAAGAUGUUGGUGAAGCAAAGCCUUUACAAGAACAUGGAGACCAUUACUCGACGAGCCAAUGCUGCCUUGGGUUCUUCUUCUUCUUCUUCUUCCAAGUUGAAGGCUUUGGUGGUUAGUUCAAGCUCCAAGAGCCUGCCUUACUAGAGGUUCAUUUCACAUUCUCAGUGCAGGCGAGGAUGGAAAUGAACAACUUCGAAUUCUCCUUCCAUCAAAGUGCACACUGUGCAAGCUUAUGGCGGUUCACUUUGUCAUGUAGAGCUCAACUUUUUUAUAAACUAAGUUGAUGAAAUUUACAAGUAGUUGUAAUAGUGGGAAUUGGGUAAAUUACACAGUUUACUUUUGUAUAUUUUGAACUCCCAACUUAUUCCUCAUGAAAAGCUUUAAGAUUUGUGAAUUG